AAGGGGUCCAGAAUAUCAUGUGGUCAUGAAUAGCUAUAAAAGUCUAGAUUUAAAAAAUUUAAGUCAUAGCUAAAGGUGUUUUUUGCAUUGCUGAUACUAAUUUUUUUUAAACUAAAUUGUAGUUAGCUAUGGCUAGCUAGCAAGCUAAAUAGAUAAAGCAGAUAGGAUGUGCAUAUUUUGCAUGGCUCUAGGCCUCACCAUGGCCCUGAAUAUAAUAAACAGGGUAUAUCCCUUAAUAUUUAUGUAGCCAGCUAAGUGAAAUAUACAUAUCUAUCUCAGAUGGGCAGUCCUAGGGUAGUUUUUAAUGCUUAUUUUUAAUCACACAGUCUGUGCUUAACCAGACAACUCCCUGCUGCAACAUCCAGCAACCCACAAAGUGUGUCAUCUCCUUUAAUUUCCCUCUCAUUGGGUUAAGCCAGGGCUAUGGUAACAGGGCUAUGGCAACAUAUACUACAGUGCUAUAGCACUGAUGAUGGUUUUUUACCGAAAAGCUUUUGAUAAAUAUUUUUAAAAUUGUUGUUGUCAUUUUAUUUUAUUCUGUGGUAUUUCUCUUUCCACUUGAACACUAUCUUUAACCUUCGUUAAAAAUUAACUUAUAAAAGGAACUUCAAAAAUAAAAAAUAUUUUUUUCUUUAUCUAAAGAAAGGCAAAUUUAUAUUUCAUAUUAUACACUUUUUUAGAGUAAAUUAGAUAUGGCAGAAGCUGUCCGAGAGAGACCAAAGAAAAAAAAGAAAAAGGAAAAGGAUCAAUUUACUAGUUACCUAAAACCAGACAAAAAUUCAAAAGAAGAGAAUCAGUCUGAAACAAAGUCUAAGGUUAAUGAGCAAGAAGAAUUGAAUCAAAAACCAAAUGAUAAUUUGAGUGCAGAAUUAGAUUCAAGUGAAAAUGUGCAACAACAUGCAGAAGUUACUAUUGACAGAACCAUAACUUCUAAAGAUAAAAUUGAUAAUGACAAAAAGUCUGACGUUAUAACAAAUAAAAAAGAUAUCGAACCUAACAAUGUUUUUGAAAAUAGUAUAAUAGAAAACGAAACAAAUCUUGAUAAGUCUCAAGAAGAAGACAGUGACCAUAAUACAGCUAUGUUGGAUUUAAUUAGUAGCAAUGAAAUAAAUAUUGUGGCCAUAGGUGAAUCUUCUUCAAGUGUGUUACCAGAGCAAAACUGUUUAUUACAUGUUAAGCCACAGGAAAACAACAAGGAUGUUGUUUCAGACUCUAUGCGAGACACUGAUAAUGUUUCAGCUACUGCACCUGUGCUGUCACUAUCAAAUGCUGAGGCAACUGAGAAAAAUAAAGAACCUGUUGAAGCUCAAAAAUUCGAUACAACUUUAAGAAGUAGAACUUUUGAAAGAGACAAAUUAUCUGAAGUAGACAUCACAGCUAAGACAUACGAGAAUGUUUCUAAUGUUGUUGCAAAUACCAGGCAAUCAGAAAUUGUUCAUAAAAAGGUUUUCACUAUAAAUUUAUAUGAAGAAGUAGAAAGCAAAAAGGUUGUUCCAUUCACUGAGGAGCAACUUGCUCAAUUUUACAUGAACUCUGAGCUAGGGCAGUUAGAGUUUUUUGUUGAUGAGUUUCUAAAGAACUCAAGCGACCUACAUUAUGAAUUUUACGAUAUUGUCAACUUGUACUAUAAAUCAAGAACUAAACUUGUGGAAAUUCAAAAGAAAAUAGAGUCAACACAAGACAAGGUUGAAAACGAGCAGAAAAAUGUCUGGGAGAUAAAACAAUGUAUUUGUACUGCAGAGGGUAUAUGUGCUUGUGGUGUAUCUGUGAUGCAGCAACAGAAGUAUCAACGGGCAUUUUUUAAAGAAGAACCCUUUUCAAAUAUGAGUGAAAAUAUGUCACAUUUAAGAGGCUUUGUACACGAGCUGCAUCAGUUGGAGUGUUACAACAGUCAAGUCUCAAAAAUCAGAGUUGAUAAUUACUUGUGUAAACUUUUUAAGCAUUGUCCUGCAAUCAAAAACUUAUCAGCAGAGCAUCCAGUAACAGCAUAUCUACCUCAUAACAUUGAUUCUAAUGUAAUACCAGUUCUCCGAGAACUGCAAGAUUGCAUUAGCGUUUUGUUCAUAUUUAAAAGAUAUGGAAUAUUGGAGGAGCAGUUUACUGCUGAUUUAGAUUCAUGGCUAAAUAUGCUUGUAGCAGUUUUACAACGUAUUGGGACGUUACCAGAUUCAUUUUUUUUACUGAAUCAUUUACUGCGUAGUCCACCUGGCACUGUUUCUUCAAUGUCACAUUUUAUCCAGUUUCCCAGUUUUGAACAUCCGCUACUGUGUGUGUGGGAUAGACCACAAAUCCACCAUUUUGUUGUUAUGUUAGCAACUUUAGCACUUCCUGUUAGAUCUCGAAAGGAAUACCUAUCCAAGUAUGAAAUGAAUAGAAAAGGUCUUGUCACAAAAAGUAUAAGCUGGAUACUGAUGGAUGAAGAUAAAGAGGAGGACGAAGACACGGAAGAUGGAUGGUGUUUGAUGCAUGAAAAUGACUUAAUUGCUAUCUUUGAUCAAUUUUCAUUCAAUUCUUUGCUCGCUUCUUUAUUAAACAUUGAAGUAAACGAAGGCGUGCUUUCACAUUCUCCUUCGUUAUCAUCAAGUAACGACAUGAUUCGGCUGCUAGCUUAUUCGUCUUGCUUGGUCAAGUUGCUAGGAAAAAUUUUUGACACUUACAAUAUGUUACGAUAUCGUCAAUUUAUCAAACAGAUUAGUCGAACAAUCAGAUUGAUAACUCAAGUGAUAUCAGAUCAUUGGAUCUCGUAUAAAAACUAUAGAAUAAACGUUGUGGGUGAUAGGUUGAAGGAUUUGCCAAAAAUGUCCAACAUGGCUCUACCACAAAUGAGUUUGGAACGUUUGCAAGUUGAAUUUGAUCAGUUUUUUCUCCGCUCAUCAUUUCAGAUUAUUUCCUCCCACAGUGCCGGUGCAAUUCAGUUUCUAUCUACCAUGCCAUUCGAAGCUGUGUCACUAUCAUCUAUGUGGAUAAUGCUGCACAUGAUUUUAGGCGAGGAGACCAACUUUGCAGUGUUAUCUACACGUGGUCCGAAUGAUCUACCAUGUAUUACUAGUUUAGAGGUGUCGCCUAGCGAAGGAAUAUUUCUUUUAACAGCAUUAUCUAAUAUGGCUAUAUCAAGACCAUCUAAAGAUAGUGCCUUUAUAGAGACAGUAGCAAAACUUGUACUUGAGGUCUCAUUCCUAAACGCUUCUGUAACUGAUUUGUAUUCAAAAAAUGGUCAUGAUUUGUUAGCCUCAAUUGCAGCUAAGCAUCCAUCAUCAAUCACUGCAUUGGUUCAACAUGCUAAUAAAUUAAGAAAUCAGCUGCAAAAGGUGUUAUCGUACAUCUUUGAGUCAAUGCCAAUACACACAUGGAGGCCAACUUCAUCCGAUUUUGAAAUAAUUCGCACAUGGUUACUGCAGUUUCCACUCUCAUCAGAGGAAAAUUUGUUAGCUCGAAUGUUACUGCAAAGAUUGAAUUACAGUUAUUCUCAGGAUGACGUGCAGCUUUUUUUGCCACGGAAUGUACAUUUUAUGAUUGCCAUUCUACUUGUUGAGGCGUAUGGUGUUUCCUUUCCGGACUAUGCUGGCGGUAUUCAAAAACUAAACUAUGCUGCAUUGGGAAUAAUUCAGCAGGUCAGCAAAAUGGCUGUCUCUUCAUACAACAAAAUCAUGUACUCACAAGCCCAUACAGAGUUUCUUACUUGGGCCUGGGACGUUAUGAUUAUGUUAAAACUUCAUGAAAGUGAUAUUGUGCACAAUGAUAGUGAAGAGGAUGAAAGAGAAGAACAGAGUAUUGCUGGAGAAGACCAAUUUGGUCCAAAUGUUACUUGGUGCCAUAAAACAAUAUCUCAGUUAAAAGACAAGCGUUCUUUUGAACUCGAGUUAGAAAGCUCUCCUGAACUUUUAAAUGUUCAAUUGGCUGUAAAAAGUAAUGGAAUAUUAGCUGUGUAUGUGGCUUUUGCAAUGACUAAAUCUGGACACUUUGUUGAUCAGUUUCUUGAAAAAGGAAUAAAGUAUUUGGUGCUUCUCAAAGAUGCUUCCCAUUACGAUGCUGUGUUGAGAGUCAUCAGUAACAUUGCACCGUUGUUUCUUAACUGUCCAGAGAAGUUAACAAAUGACAGUUUUCUAAAGAUCUUGAACACACUCAUUCACAUCGAUGUCAACAAAGCUGGUUACACUGAGAAACUAUGGCAAUAUUUUAUCGCUGGUACAUACAGUCAAAAGUUGGCUGCAUUGAUAACUUCACAAGUUCUAAAGUCCAAAGAACACUCCGAUGUACAGGCGCAUAAAUCGAUCAAAUUUUGGAUACAUUCACUGUUGAGGCUACCAUAUUGGUCUAGAGAUUGUGGCGUGCUCUAUCAAAUGGAUAAUUUGUGCAAAGUUUCUUUUACUGUUCCUGGUGGGCUCGAUAUAUUGCUCGAUUAUUUCUACCAUGAACAUCGAGAGGUACUUUUAUCUUCACAAACGUCACGUGGGUUGCUGUCAUCUGUGAUGUCAUGGAUUUCCACUUCCAAUCAACCAAUAUCCUACAUGAUCACACCUACAACAGAUUUUUGCUAUUAUGCUUACGUCAUCUUGUCAACUGAAAUGAAGUUUGAAGAAGAAAUCGGUUUGUGGAAAGAGAUUGCGACUGAAAUGAGUAUGAACACUUCCAUACCACUGGAGCAAGCGUACAAGAAAGCACUCUCUUCAAUCAAAUCUUUCUACAUCCCGCCGUUGAAUUAUUUGAGUAUCUAUCGAUGGGGUGAACAAGCUAUGGCAACGCCGAAAGAUCAUCCUUUCCUACCAAUAAUUUGGCAAAAAUUCUUUUUAAUAUUUUUGCAAAAACCUUCCGAAGAAUCAGGACUGCCAUCAAGAGUUGGUAUCGGGUUAAGAUUCUUUGAGAAUUUUUCUUCUGCUUCGCUGGCGAAAAGAAUGAAGACGACUUUGUAUUCGAUAGCGUCGUACCAUCAAGACAAAGGUGUCGCAAGGGACUCUUCAGAGUCGCAGUGCAGCCAAAACAGGUCUUGGAAUAUGACGGAAAAAGAACACGUGUAUAGCGAGCACUAUCACCAGACAUUGUCUAAGUUGUACCAAGGUUUAGCUCUGUGGUUGGAGGAAUCGAGACUACACGAUGCCAAUUUAUAUUUGACUUCAUUACCCGAUGUCUACCACCCAGAUUUGUUGUUGAAAAUCUUUCAAGGAAACAAGGACCUAUGGCAUGAUUAUAUGGAUAGUGCAACUCUCUUGAAAGAGAUUGAAACGCUCUCGAGUUUAUGGGUGCAUUCCGUGUACCAACCCGUGAACUUAAAGAAGUCUGCAGAUAACGUCGCAGACAUUGUAAUGCAAGUUACUGCUGGUCAAAAGAUCACAAAGAGACUUAAUGAUGAAACCAAGCCUGCUCCACCCCCUCCAGUUGUUGUUCUUGAACCACCGGUAGCCGAAAUACCGUACCAUAUUUUGCUAACAAGACCACGUUUAGUUCAAGAUGUUGGGAACGAUCUGGAAGUGAUUGUGCAAUAUGCUAAAUCUGCCUCUACUCUAAUGGCAUCCCAUGUUGGGUUAGAUUCGGAAUUUAUUGAACUCUUGCCAGACUUGUACGACAUGGUAACAAGAUCAGUGGCAGUGUGGAUACCUUGUGAUGGAAGAAAAAAACAAAAAAAGGGAGGAUGCAUUGGGCCUGCUCAGUGUCGUAUUCAGUUUCGAGAACUUCAUCUUCGUGAUCGAAUAGCCACACUACUCAACGACAAUCGCAACGCUUCUAAGGAUCUAAUAAAAACAUUGGUCACGAGCACUCCGGUGGAGUUGUGUUUAAGUGUGGUACACGUGGAAAACAUUGUUGACAAGUUAGCCGAAGGGUUUGACACGCUGAGCAACCCACAGAGAUUGGAAUUGCAAGAUAGUGCACGGAAAAUGUUUUACUUGCUCGCGCAACUCAUCGAUGAUGACGUCAAGAGGUGCCCACCGGCUAUCCAGUUCUUCUCCACAGAGGUGGAAAAACUCGGAAAGAAAUUUAUUACAAACCAUUCAACCGAACAGCUGCCACUGUUAGACGCUAUAUUGAAUCAAAAUUCAUCAAUCAUGUUUUUGGCGCCUCAUUUUGCACCAAUCAACUCACCCGAAAAUUUCGUAAAGUUAUAUUCCAAAAUUGUUACGUUCAUGAGCGCGGGCAAUGAGACCACGGUUUUUGUGUUGUUUUCGAAAUUCGAUAUGGUUAGCUGGUUAGCUAGCAAUCCUACCCUGUUAGACCGAAGAGAAAUGGUCACACUUAUUAUGACUGCGCUCUGUAAGGUCGGUGCACAACCAAAUACCGAGGAACUAGUCGUAUUAGAAGUUAUCCGUGGUCACAUGAUCACGUUGUUGAGCAGUAAUGUGGAGGAAUAUUUUAGUAAAGUACUACAAGAACUUUUAAACGGUUCGUCUAGCUCUUCAAUAGCCACAAUAUGCUGGGGCGAUUUUGUCGCCUGCCUUGGUUACGACAAACAAGAGUCACCACGUGCGAACGAGAGCUCUCUUUCGGUUGGCCAAAUCAAAGAAACAAUUCCUUUCAUUGCUGGAUAUUUUCAAAACAAUGUUGAUCAACUCAACCACCACCUGGAUGCGUUGUACGAAGUAUGGAAUCCCUACAUUAAACAGGUGAACAUGGUGUUGUUUGGCUUGUUACAGCGAAACAUUGUACAUGAAAUAAGUUUAAUGAAUGAAUACAACAAAGAUCAGAUUCUGCAUGAUUUAUGGGAGUCUAUAGUGGCCGUUUACCAACCUUUGAUUCUGCCACGAACACCGGGAAAGAUAUGGAGCUUACUGAGAAUAGAAUCUGUUCUUACUGUGAUUCAGUCCUUUAUUGAAGCUAUUCGGCUGGUCAUUGAUUUACACGGGAGCGAGAAUGGAUAUUGCGGUUUGUUGAAUGUUGUUUGGACGUAUUAUUUUGUGUCUAUAGUACCUGCGGUCAAAGAGGAGCAAUCGUUACAGCUGUUCCAUAGCCUGUUGACGAUAUUGCCUUGGUCUUUGUACUGUCCUACCAUACAAGAGUUGAGCUGCGUGUUACAGGCUCAUGACGCGUAUCCCUCUGCUUUCCGAUUUCUCGGCAGUUUGUUGGCCGAAAUCAAUUGGCCAGCCGUCGUAACCACUUAUUUAGAAUCUGGUAACAAAAGUGAUAUAAGUCGUCUACACCAACAACUCCUGAAUAUUUUCGUCAUGAUGGCGUCUGAUAAAAUUGUUUUGGAUACGUCGGCCUCAAAAUUGGUUUACUUAUUUACAGCUGCAAAUACGUUUAAAUGGAAUACAUUAGGAUUGGAGGAUACAGCGCAUGCACUGAAAUGGUAUUCUGAAAACGCUGACUCGACAUUAAUUUUAGAGAAAGACUCGUACGUGUGGAGCACUUUGGGUUUAAUUAAGGAGGUUUGUUGUUACCACAGCAACAAAGAAACCAACGACAUAGUAACAGCUAAACGUAAUUUGUACGUUAACGUUGUCGUGACGCUUUUAACACGUUGUGUGACGUGCCAACACCGCAUUCAGGACUUUCGCUUUGUCGUGUAUAAUUUACUACGAACUGUCGAAUCGACUAUUGCGUACAACAGUGUAAAACCCAUGGAAGAGUUAGUGUAUCAUGCUUGCACUUGUUUGAACUUAUUCAACACAAUUUCUUCGGGUCCUGUGUUCGAUGUUAUAAAGUCCACCAUUGAGACCUACUUACUGGAAUCUCAAUGCGGUAUGAUUGUGCUGUCAUUUAUCUCCGCCGCAUCUAGAUCACUGGCUAGCAUUGAACAAAUGAUCGCCCUGCUGGAGACUGCUAUAUCGUGUCAUUUUUUCCGAUUAGCUGACGAUGAGCUAAGAAACGCGUGGUUACCUAUUUUACAGGCAUUUGUAGUUCCAGAAUUAAAUAUUUCAGAAUUCGUGCAGGAAGCGCUGAAACAAAAAGCCUUGCUAACAUUGUACUCUUAUAACCUACAUCGUAUACCACAAGCGAAAUCUCCAGGGGAACAAUUAAACAUUCUGACUGACGCUGUACAGUGGUGUACUAGGAUUCAACUGGAUAAAGGGAGUGAAAGCAAAAUCAUUUUGCUUUGGUUGCAAAUUUUUGAUAUUGUUCGGAUGCAAAUCUCGCAACAUCAAAAUCAACAGCAGAUGCAAUUAUUAGCUAAGAACAUGCUGUAUCUUUCACAUGCUUGCCAAAUUCAUGGUGAAGACAAAACCUACUCCGGUGUUUUGGGAGCAAUCGGGAUUGGUAGAAAAAGCGCGUUGACGAAAGAGUUUCGAUUCGCCGCCAAAAUGUUACACCUAUUCCUUCUGUGCCAACUUCCCACCUCAGGCGGAGUGUCACUUCGUUACACCAUUAAUGCACCAGGCGCUAUACGCAUACUCUACCCAACUGACUCUUCAUCCCGGGCGACAACCGAAGCUGAAAAAGCGUUCUCAAACGUUGAAAGUUUUUUAAAAAACAAAGCAUAUCAAUCGAUGAAGGAGCAAGUACAGUGGGUUUUGGGUUUCGUUGGAGAUUCACAGUACAGCAUUAUCGACGGGUGUUCUUUGUUAGUUUAUCUGUGCAAACAAUUCUUUGACAAAGAAAAUUUUAUCGCAGCGACAGUUGUGUGAAUGCACAUGCGCAUGCGUUUGUCUUCUCCCGAGUUCCACUUUAUUUUUUCGUCACUGCUUUUACAUUAUCGUUUGUAUGCAAUCUAAUGUAGUUCGUUCCGCCCUUUUUACCAAAUUCACGCAAGGCGAGCAAAGUCUUUUAAACAGUCGUGUGAGUCAGGGUUUGAGAAUAAAUUGACCUUGGGUUUUCAAUAAAUUGACCUCGGGUUUUCAUGUUUUUCCAGGAUUUCGAUCAAAAUCUAACCUUACUUAUCGUGUUUUGCAGAGUAGAUUCUUAUCACGCGACAAGACGUCGUUUUAAGGUAUUAUGUAUCUCGUUUAACAUUCUGCUGUUCACGUUAAUGGCGAGAAAAUUGCAGAAUUCUUCGUGUUAGCCGCAGUUCUAAAUAGUUCAACCACUUUAUUAUCUCUAGCACAACUUAGUGGUACUGUGGCUAAUACGAUGUAUCCUUUAUGUUAAAAACGCACAUGUGUUUCAGAAUUAAAUUAGAAUUUGUAGAUUAUAAUUUUAUUCGAUGGUUAGGAUAGGGCGCGUGAAGCUUUUUCGCCUUGCAACUGUAUUGUGGGAUACGUUUUACAUCAAGAACGUUCUGAACAAACCUAGUUAAAUUUUAAACAUGAGACUUCGUCCUUAUUGUAACAAAGUCUUAGAUUUUUAGCUUGAUGUAUUCUUGUUCCCCUGCACUAUCUAAAUAGGUUGUAAAAAUACUGAAUUUCCUUUGAAUAUAAUAAAAUUAUGUAUUAAUUAUCACACGUGAUCAAUAAUAUACCACGUGAUAAUACAUUUUUAUGCACCUGACGAAGCGCAAAGGUUGUAGGUUUGAACGCCCGUUACUGAUGCCAAGGUAUUCAAGCUACAAUAAAUUUUGGCGGAAGCUUAAAGCCGCACUUUGAGUGUACUGUCGCUUACGAAUUACUUGGCUUUUUAAAGGAUUCAUAUCCCAUGUUGCUUUUAAGAUAUUGCUUGUGAAAAAGUGUUAUUAUCUUGCAAUUCUUAGAGUUUAAGUAGCUGCCGCCUAAAGGUCCCUUUCUAGAGUUAGCUAGAUAGGAAAAUUAUAAAUAUUCUUGACUUAAUUUUUUUAUAAAUAAUAAUAGUUCCAUCUUUAUUUGUUUUUUUUUGUUAGAAUAGUAUAUUUGAAUAGCUUUAUAUUUCGUGUUUGUACACUAGUUGGCCGAUAAGAAAAUAUUUUAUAACAAAAGAA